AUGUUCGCCACCACACAUCGUGCCUUUGCAACAAAAGCUGAUGAAAUCCUGCUGCCGCGUCAAAAUGCCAUUAAUUGUUGCCCCGCCAAUCCAAUGAGAAUUGAGAAAAGAGCACAACGCGCCGCUGUUGCUGCUCAGGUGGACCUGUCUCGUCACUCGCCAGGCUAUUACAGUGACACCUCCAUGCAUCAGGAAACCGAUAGACUCUCGCGCGCUUUUGAGGCGAGAGAACUUGAGCUUGAGGUUGCCAUGGCUGCUGAGAUGGGAGGAGGGGUUUGGAGGCGGUACGCUCCGCACAACAUGAUGAUCAUGGUGCAGCUGUGCUACACCUUCAUGUACUUCAUCACCGAGGCCGCCUUCAACCGCGGCCUCAACCCCUACGUAUACGUCACCUACCGCCAUGUCGUUGUCACCGUCCUCCUCUGGCCUUUCGCCUACUACCACGAGAAGAAGUUGCGACCCAAGAUGACGUGGAUGCUGUUCCUGGAGAUUUUUGUGCUCUCACUUCUUGGGGUGAGCUUAACUCUGAACAUGUACUUCGCGAGCCUCAAGUAUACGUCCCCGACGUUCGUCACCUCCGUGGUGAACACAAUCGCUUCCAUCACCUUCGUCAUCGCCAUCGUCCUCAGGAUGGAGAUCGUGGACGUGAGGAGCCCGCGAGGGCUCGCGAAGAUCGCGGGAACCGUGGUGUCCUUCGCUGGAGUGACCACCAUGACGCUGUACAAGGGAGCGGCGUUUGCGAGCCCCUGGAAUGCGCCGAUUCACAUACAGGGCAGCAACGGCGUGCAUGAUAGCUGGCUCAAAGGAGCAUUCCUCGCCGUGGCCAGCUGCGUGUGCUGGUCCAUCUGGUACAUCCUGCAGGCGUCGUCUGUGAAGAGGUACCCGGCGGAGCUAUCUCUGACGGCGUGGAUGGCGACGAUCGGAGGGAUACAGUCGUUGGCCUUUACGCUGCUCCUGCAGCACAAGAAAGAAGACUGGCUCAUUGGCUUCGGCCUCAAGUUCUGGUGCAUCAUCUACUCUGGGAUCGCGUGCAGUGGGUUCACGGUGUUUGCGCAGCUGUGGUGCACGGAGAAGAAAGGCCCCGUCUUCGUCACCAUGUUCAACCCUCUCUCCACCAUCAUGGUGGCCAUCCUCGCCUACUUCAUCUUCGGCGAAAACCUAUACGUCGGAAGCAUAAUCGGAGGAGUGGUGGUCAUCGCCGGCCUGUACAUGCUGCUGUGGGGCAAGGAGAAGGAUCAGGAGUACAACGCGAGCGGCGAAGAGCAGGUAGCCGAUCUGGACUGCGAGAAGCAGCAGGCAAAGAUAACAGGCGCUUCUUCGGCGAAGAACGGCUCCGAACAGGAGGCGAAGACGACCAGAUAAGGGGGCAUCAGACUGCCAUCCGGGUGAAGGCGAUGUUCGAUCUGCACCCUGAACCGAUGGCAUGGUGUGCCAAUUAAUUCAACAGGUUUCCGAUGA